AUGGUCGAGCUUAGUAUUUCAAGAAUUAUUGCCGAUUUUGCUGUUCUAACAUUUUGUGCUAUACCAUUACUGAUAUUUCACAAAUGGGUUGAACCAUACAAACGCGGCUUUUAUUGUGAUGACGAAUCAAUUCGAUAUCCGUAUCGACCAUCUACUGUUACUCGACAAAUGCUUAUUGUUAUCGGUCUUAUUGUGCCGGCAAUUAUAACAACAGAAACAUUUCGUUUGAUAGCAUGGGAACGGAAAUGUAGAAACGAAUUCUUGUAUUACCAUUGUCGACGAUAUACGGUUCCACGUCUCAUUGUUCGUCUUUAUGUUUUCUUUGGAUAUUUUCUUCUUGGUGUCAUUUUCAAUCAAUUAAUGGUCGAUAUAGCGAAAUAUACCAUCGGGCGUCAUAGGCCUCAUUUUAUAGCAGUUUGCAAGCCAAAGCACAUGGAAAUUCAGCAUAUCGCUAUUGGUGGAUCACCUAGUAAUCGUACUCUAGCGUUCAGACGUGGUUUUGAAACGUGUCCGAUCAAUACCCAUGAGUAUAUCACAGACUUCGAAUGUACUGGCACGGAUAAAUAUCUUCUUCAUGAAUCUAUGCUUUCAUUCUAUUCUGGUCAUUCUGCUUUUAGCUUUUAUGUGGCAUGGUAUGUAGCACUUUACUUGCAAGCUCGGCUGUACCGACCAUUGUUUAGUCCCUUACUUUUGCCGGUGAUUCAAUUUGCUUUAUUCGGUGGCGCUGCAUUUGUAGCCUUUACUCGAGUUAGCAAUUAUAAGCAUCAUUGGUCGGAUGUCUUGGUUGGCGCAUUGUUUGGUUCUGCAAUUGGCAUUAUUGUGGCAUUAUUUGUUGCGAAAGUGUUUUCGCGUCGUGAGAUACCGUUAUGUGAUGCUCAUUAUUGUAAUCGUGAAUUUGGCUUAGCGUCUCAAUUGGAACGAGCUGUUCCGUCAUCAGACGUAGAAACCGGAAUGAGUAAUGUUAUACGAACUGGUAGAUCAGGCAAUGGCGCUCAUGUUACUUCUCAUAACAUUACUCUAACUGGAGUGGUGGCGCCGAAUGUGAAUGAAAUCAGGAGUAAUCAAAUGGCUCCGUUAUCUCGACCAACAUCACGGAACCAGAGAUUGUAA